GAUCCACUGCAAAGGGCAGUACCGCCGAGGUACCACCUCCCCGCUCGCGGACCAGCCGUUGCCGUUCGGAAACGACAAUGGCGGAGGCGACGCCGACGAGGGUGUUCGUGUACGGCACCCUGAAGCGCGGGUUCCCCAACCACCCCCUCCUCGUCGCCUGCGCUUCCCCCUUCGUCGGGGCCGCCUCCACUGCCGCCCCAGCCUCCCUCGUCAUCGGCCCCUACUCGGUCCCCUUCCUCCUCCCCACCUCUUCCUCCUCCUCCUCCUCCGGCCGCGUCGUCUCCGGCGAGCUCUACGCCCCAUCCCCCGCCGCUCUCGCGGAGCUCGACGCCUUCGAGGGCACCCACAUCGGCGUCUACGAGCGCCGCCCGAUUACCGUCGUGGCCGAUGGAUCGGGCGAGGUGGUGGAGGCGGAGGCGUACUUCGCGCACCCGAGCUACGCGGAGGCGCUCUGGCGGCGCUGCGGCGGCGAGGCGGCCGAGAUCGGGGAGUACACCGCGGACCAUGCCAAUAGGUACAUCCCAAUUACUGAGCGCAUUACCGACGCCACUGGGCUCAUCGAUGCCAUCCAUAGGUUCCUCGCCACUGCCCCAGACAACUGACUUGGUGUUUAUGGAUUGGUACCCGAAUCUGUCACCUGUUGUUUCCUUGGCUAGUGCUUUGGUCGCAGCUCUUAUUUGGUGGAGCCUGCGAUGAAUUUUUAAAUGUAUUCAUGCUGCAAAUUUGCAGACACUCUUUUGUGCUAUUCGCAGUUGUUUUCAGAAUCACUUAGUCCAAGGUUUUGGACAAACCAAUCAAGGUUUGCAAAAGUCAGUUUGUCUAUUCAGUACUGAUUGUAUACAUUAUUGGAAUGCCAACUAUUAAGUUUAUCAAAUGCAACAUAGUUGUAGUGUCCUGAA